AAAAGAUUGUAAUUACAACAUUUAUCAUCAGUGGACGAAAACCGGAGUCUAUCUGUAAAAACAGAAACAAACAGAGGAUAAAGAGCGGACCUUAGACACUUUUCAAUGGGUGAGUUGUGUUGACGAAGACAGGGGUUUGAUAAGAUGAACAAAAAACAGGAUUUUAAUGGAUAAAUGUGUAAAAUCUGGACGGAGUCGAUGGAGAGUUUUUUUCACCGUUAGCUUCAUGUUGGACCGAAAUAUACAACUCUGAGUGUAAAACAGAGAUAAAUUAAACUGAGAAAGACAGUACAGUUGACUAAAGUAUGUCAGAGUUUGUCACAUAUUUAUACCUGACACUUUGUAAACUAAUGUAUAUAACUGUGAGAAACGAGUUCCAACAAAAUGGUCUGAUAUCAUUAGUUUUCUCUAGUUGGUGAUCGGAAGAUUAUAGUUUUGCUAUGGCCGAUACAUGUAAAUACCAUGUAAAUACUAUGUAAAUACCAUAGCCAAUAUCAUGUAAAUACCAUGGCUGAUACCGUGAAAAUACUAUGGCUGAUACUAUGUAAAUACCGUGUAAAUAUCAUAGCCGAUAUCAUGUAAAUACCAUGGCCGAUAUCAUAGCCGAUAUCAUGUAAAUACUAUGAAAAUAUCAUAGCCGAUAUCAUGUAAAUAUCGUGGCAGAUAACAUGUACAGUUGAGAGCAAAAUUCUUAGCCCCCCCCCAGAGCUCUUUGACGACAGAGACUUUGCUUAUGUUUGGAGAAAGAAGGGAGAAUACCUCAAUAACACUGUCCUGAUACCAUGUAAAUACAGCAUGUAAGAGUGGCUUUUUUUGUUGAUGAAAACUAAUAAAUUUAAAAUCUUGUACGAACUCUCAGAUGUGACUGUAACAUGUUCAUCCUCCGUCGCUCUCAUCUGUUCUGUUUCUGCAGUCGGACCGUAGCACACUUGCAGCUGCAGCAGCAGGGAUGAGGAUCCGUCUGCAGGGUCCCGGCCACGCUGCCAGCCUCCUCGCUGAGCUGAACCGCUGCAGACAGUCCCGUCAGUACUGUGAUGUCCUCCUUCAGGUCGGGAACCGCACAUUCCCGGUACACCGCGCAGUGCUCGCGUGUGCCGGGACCUACUUCCGCAACCUCUUCGCCCGAGCCCCGGCCUCCUCCUCUGCUGCCUUCUCGCUGGAGUUCAUCUCCUCGGCCAACUUUGAGAAGGUCCUGACGUUUGUGUACACGGGGGAGAUCCUGACUGACCUUAUCGAUGUCGGGGUGCUGUACGAGCUCGCUGAGAGGCUUGGCGUUGAUGAGCUGGUUAGAGCUUGUCACGCUACAUUCCCAGACCUGCAGACGUCUGUUUCUGCAAACUGUAAAGCAGGCAGCUCUGGAGAUCUGACCCUGGACUCCAGUCUGGUCCCAGCUGUAGUUUCUACAGUAGCUGUGGUUGGAUCCGCCUCUCUGUCUGCACCUUCUGUGUGUUCCUCUGCUGCCUCCUGCUCGUCUCUGUCCUCAUCAGCUGGUCCCUCCGCCGCCCCGACCCCUGCGGACACUGCCUCACCUCUCUUCCAAGCUACCAGGACAGCCAGGUCCUGCAGUAGCGCUCACACUGGGGUUCUUCCUCGGGACCUGAAGGCAGAGGACAUCCAGUCUCACAUCAGCUACGGUCAGGUGGCAGCAGAUCAUCAACUACCAGCAGGAAAUACUCUUCUAACCAGGAGUCAGAGCGAUGGUGUGCUGCCUCAGGGGCCUGUGCUGCAGCUGAAGAUCGAGCAAGGGCUUGAGGAAGAGGAGGCAGGAGGUGAAAGAGACAGACAAACAGUUCCAGAGAAUACAGGGAGCUCUCUGCCGCAGAGCAGCAAUGCUUCGACAUCCAACUCCUGCUCCUUUCCUGACUCUUCAGCGCAGCUUGGCGCUGAGGCUUGUGACCCGACGUCCUCCUCGGAGUCUUUGGGCAGCCUGCAGGUGGAGGGAGGAGAAAUGGAGGUGCAGAGGGAGGACAGGAUGGUGUUUGGAGAGGUGGAGGACAGAGAGCAUGAGGAGGAGGACAGGGAGGCUCUGUCUGGGAAUGGAGCAAUGGAGGGAACAGAGGAGGAGCAGUGGAGGCACCUGGCAGCUGAGAUCAUUGAGCUGAGCGACGAUGAGAACUUCAUAGAGGAGGGCGAUGAGGAGGAGGACGAAGACGACCUUGUCUGCUUGGAAAACGGGGAAGGAGAAAACUCAAGUAACCAGGUGAAGAUGAUUGUAAAAUAUUUUUCAUGAAUGUAGCGACAAAAAAGGCAGCUGGGGUUUAGGUUCACUUGCAUCUGUGACUCAUUUAAUUAUCAGUCCGGUUUGAGUGUUUAAAAUUUAAUUUAUUGUUCAAAAAAGGAAAGAAAACAUGUUGAUCUAGGUCCAAAACUGAUAUGAUGAAAAUGAGGUAAAAACAGGUCAACAGAAAAUUAUCAGAGCUUACAGCAACCAUCGUCUGACUACACCGGUGAGGUUUAGAUAACCCGCCAAACAGCCCAAAACCACACCCCUCAGUGACGAUCCCUGGAAGUGAUGUACCGUCACCGUCGUUUUCUUCCGCUUAUCUGGGUCCGGGUCACGGGGGCAGCAGCUUCAGGAGGGAAGCCCAGACGGCCCUCACCCCAGCCACUUCCACCAGCUCCUCCUUCAGGGGGAUUCCCAGGCGCUCCCAGGCCAGGCGAGAGAUAUAAUCCCUCCACCUGGUCCUGGGCCGGCCAUGAGGUCUCCUCCCGGUGGGACAUGUCAGGAACACCUUAAAAUUAAAUUAAAUCACCUCUAAAUGAUGUACCUAGAAAUCGUAUCCUAAAGAAACAUAUUUUGGCUCUUACAUUGAAUAUAAGUUUACUUUAUUAAAUUAAUGUUCUUCAAUCCUUCAGGUCACAGAAAACCUGCUCUCAUGUAAAGCCUGCUCGGUGCCCUUCCCAGCAGACCCAGCCGCCAUCAGGAGACACGCUGAGACCCACCUAACCGAACAGGGGCUCUGCAGAGUAUGUGGAGCCUCGUUCCCCGACCACAACGCCAGCGUCACCCACGCCCUCGUCCACGUCGGGGUGCAGCUCUUCACCUGUGAGAUGUGUCACCUUCACUUCUGCAGCCAGAACAAACUGCUGCGACAUCACAGACAGACCGCCUCUGGUUACACCAUCCCACAGGGGGCGCUCACAAACAGCGGCCAGGGCCUGAGCUCUGAGCUGCAGUGUGCGGUGUGCACCAAAACCCUCAGCAAGGACUUCAAGGUGAGCAGUAAUAAUAAAGAAGUGGUCUACCAUUGGUCUACGCCGAUUUUAAAAUCUCUACACUGGUUACCUGUGUCUUUUAGAGCAGAUUUAAAGGUUCUUUUAUGAGUUUUUAAAGCUCUGGUGUUUAUUUUUUGUGUCUUUCGCCCUUCACAGACGGUCAGAGACCACCUGCUGAACCACAUGUGUCCUCAGAGCCUGAGCUGCGGUGUGUGUCACCUCCCUCAGCUCUCCCUCUGCUCCCUGCUGUGGCACGCCCUCACUCACCUCUCUCUGCCCGUCUUCACCUGCCCACACUGUGCCCGCUGCUUCGUAGAGCGCCCCCUGCUGGACAGACACAUGGCGGCGCACGCCGAGGAGGCGACAGCUAAAGAGAGAGAGCGGUCGGCGCUGAGGGCGUACAGGGCCAGGGCGGAAGGAGUCGGAGGAGGCGGCACAGCGGGGGUGGAGGAGCUGCACUGUUUCCUGUGUCAACAGACUUUUCGCUCGUCCUCCGCCUUUCAGUACCACCUCAGCCUCCACACCAGCGACUCCCUGGGGGGUGGAGGAGGUGUGGGGAGUCAGGGCUGGCUGGGGAAACGUAAAGCCGACCUGGUUCUGGAGUAUCCUCCGUCUUCCUGCUCUUCUUCCUCUCCUCGGGAGGUUGGCGGCCUCGCUAAGAUGAGUAACCUGGGUUUGGGGCUGGGGAUGAGCUUCAGCAUUUCAGAUAAGUUUUUUCAAGGGUCAGCACAAGGUCUGGGGUCCUCUGGGAUUGGCACUAACGGGAGUUUAGGGCAGGACGGGGGAGCUGUGGUCGCUGCCGUCAGGAGUAAAUGGUACAGAUGCCGAUACUGCGGCAAACGUUUCGCUCACUCCGGGGAGUUCACCUAUCACCUCCGCAUCCACACCGGGGAGAAGCCGUACCAGUGCAAAGUGUGUCUGCGCUUCUUCAGAGGCAGGUCCACCAUGAUCUGCCACCUGAAGACGCACGCCGGCGCUCUCAUGUACCGCUGCACCGUGUGCGGCCUGUUCUUCUCCACGCUGAAGCUGGUGUCGUCGCACAUGGAGCUCCACAAAGACCACCUGCCCCCCGACUUCAACAUCGAACAGACCUUCAUGUACAACGAUCACUCGAAGGAGCCGCUGCACACUGUGGACACCUGAUCAGCUCCCCGUCCCUCCUGUGACCUUCUCCGUCUCUCUGACUCUUUCUUUUUACUGGUUGUCGUGGACCACAAACUGUUCAGUGUUCAAAAAGACCGUAGCUGAAACUAAAGAUUUUGUUUUUGGAAGCAGCAGCGAUCAAUCUGUUAUUCAAUCAACAGAAAAUCAUCCAAUUUUAGGGGCUGAUUUCCAAGCAAAUUUAAAAAACAUUUGCUUUUUAAAAGCAUCUUGAAAACAUAUGCAGGCACUCUAAUUUCUAAUUCCACCAAAGUUUGGAUGUUGUUAAAAAUAAUAAUUAAAAUCAAAUUUGAUGGCUGCAAAUCAGUAAGAGCCUUAAUUUAAUGGAAAGAUUUACAAAGACAGAAUAUAUGUGAUUGUUUUAUAAUCCGGUUUUGUUUUAACUUCAUCACUCUUUUGUUGCUGGUAUCUUAUUUGAAAUGAUCUCAUGAUUUUAUCAACAAAAGUUGUCAGUUUUAACAUUUGAUAUCUUGUCUUUGCGAUAUUUUCACUGAAAUUCUGGCUGUAAAAGUUUUGAAAGCCAUCAAAAUCUGCUCCUCAACAUUUCCACAGCAGCAGCCUCGAUUCUUUUUGCAGCUGAGGUUACGUUUGAUUAAACACGGCUGUAACAAUGAUCAAAAAUCACUUCUUUUUUGAUCAGUUAAUCGAUUUACUGUAUCGGCUCCAUGAUAGACCUAGACUUUAGAAUGUAGCGAUGAUGUUACCUGUCAGAUGCUGUUCACUGAGCCGACCUGGCUGCAGGUUUUGUCUCUUUGGACUAAGACUUAAAGAAGCCACUUGGUGGCAGUGUGUCCUGUUUCGUAUCUGUGAAGGAAGGAAGGGAAGCUGGUGUGACUGUUGUGUACUCUGACUACGUCUGUGUCUUUAUAACCUAAACUAUAUCAGGAUUGUUCUUUUGUCAGUGAUCGAUAAGUGUACUGUUAUUGAAGUAGCACCUCACUGUAGCAUAAGAUUAUUUUCCUAUAUUUGCAGUCAUGGUUUUUUUCACACAGUACUGUUAGGACGUCUCUUUCACACUUUGAUUUUUGCAUCCAUGGAUACAGCAGGAUCAGACUCAUCCAAGAGUGUCUGACUCAAACAUGGAGGUGUAAAUGCUGAAACAUGUUUUCGAAGUGCCAGUCACAUUUCUUUGUAGUAUUUUUUUACCUCAUAUUUAUGACAGUGAUACUAUUUAUUAUGUGUUUGCCUUCUCACGUCCAUCUUUUUCUAAGGAUGUUGGCAUUUCUAAAUAUUGUUUUUGAAAAGAAAGACAAAUAAAAACCUCAAAGAAGACUGUUA